AUGCAGAGCGUCAACAAGGAAGUUGACAAGGUGACGCCAAACAACACGCGCGAGGACCAGCCCGGCGGGGAGGUCCUGCCGCCCGCCGCGUACCGGCCGACGCCGCUCACGUACAAGGGCCCGCACGGCCACGACCACACCUACGUCGACAAGGUGAUGCUCUCCGGCAACAAGAACGACACGCACCUGAUCAAGCUGCGCAUCCGCUCGACGCGCCGGCCGGAGCUCGGCGACAAGUUCUCGUCGCGCCACGGGCAGAAGGGCGUCGUCGGGCGCGUGGUGGCGCAGGAGGACAUGCCGUUCAGCGACCACGGCAUCUGCCCCGACAUCAUCAUGAACCCGCACGGAUUCCCGUCGCGCAUGACCGUCGGCAAGAUGAUCGAGCUCGCGGGCAAGGCGGGCGUGCUCGACGGGCAGAUCCGGUUCGGCACCGCCUUUGGCGGCGACUCGGUCGACUCGUGCUCAAAGGUGCUCGUGCGGCACAGCUUCCACUACCUCGGUAAGGACUUUAUGACCUCGGGGCUGAGCGGCGAGCCGCUCUCGGCAUACAUCUUUUGCGGGCCCAUCUACUACCAGAAGCUCAAGCACAUGGUCAUCGACAAGAUGCACGCGCGCGCGCGCGGCCCGAGGCAGGUGCUCACGCGCCAGCCGACCGAGGGGCGCUCGCGCGAGGGCGGCCUGCGGCUGGGAGAGAUGGAGCGUGACUGCCUCAUCGGGUACGGCGCGUCGAUGCUGCUCAACGAGCGGCUGAUGACCUCGUCGGACGGCUUCCGCGUGCACGUCUGCUCAAAGUGCGGCUUGAUAGCGCGGCCGCAGUGGUGCCAGCCGUGCCGCUCGCGCGACCACCUGCAGCAGCUAGAGAUCCCGUACGCCUGCAAGCUCCUCUUCCAGGAGCUGCAGUCGAUGAACAUCGUGCCGAGGCUACGGCUCGAGGCAAAGUAG